CAUCGCCAUCUUUUGAAUAUGAAUUUGACAAUGAUGAAAUGUAAUGAUAUUUUUAUUAACCUACAGUUCUUUGUGCGCCACGAAUCCAUGGCCCGUACGGUGGAUCAGGAACUGGAUAAAGCACUUGUAUUUGAAGAUGCGCACGAUGAUGAGGAGAGCCACAAGAAUGAAACGGAAGGUUCUUUUUUUAGUCUGUGUUUUGAACUGUGCGAAUGA